AUGCCGACAAUUCGAGGUCCGCUUUGGGCUCUGCAUCUCGCCGCCGUGCUUUCAGCCGCCUCGGCCGCCUCUAUUCGACCAGAGUCGAUUUUCGAAAGAGGCAAUUCAUGCGCCGCCAACUUCACGAAGUGCUCACAAGCCGGACUACCAGACAACUUCUGCUGCGAGGCGGGCACGUCCUGUUUGGUGUUAGCCGGGAGCACAACUGUCCUCUGCUGUCCUUCGGGAAGCAGCUGUGAUACCAUCAACCCCAUCACCUGUAAUGUGGCUCUUCAAGAUGCCGCCGCCAACCCAGCGGCCGAAAUCAAGACGACGGUUCUCGAUGGGAAGCUCGAAACCUGCAGCACUGGAUGUUGCCCGUAUGGAUAUUCUUGCGUCAACGAUAAUUGCGUGAUGGACCAGGACCAGAGCAAGAAGCCUGCUGGAAAGAGUAAUCCGACCACGAGCUCGACACAUGCCGCACCAACCACAACUGCUUCCAGUAAGCCCUCAACAACGGCUGUGCAGGGUGGUGUCACGAGUGCUGCGCCAUCAAAGGAAACCACAGACCCGACGGCGGCGAACACGAUGAACACCGCAGCUAUUGUGGGAGGAGUCGUAGGCGGCAUCGCCGCCAUCGGCUUGAUCGCCGUUGCGGUAAUGGUGUGCCGACGCCGGCGCAAGAAGGAGCAAAAGAUGCGCCAGAACAGGUCCUCGUCCUGGGGCAACAUCGGCAAUAUCCCCAUCAGCGCCCCGAUGCCUCAUGCAGACUACGACGGUAAUCGGCAGGACUUCCUUUCCAAAGCACGCAGCACGAGUGUCGCCAGCACGCCAACACAGGCCCAGGAGCGAUUCCCUCCGAACUCACCCUACUCGCCAUAUUCCUCUUCCGGAAGACCCGAGAGCGAGAUGUCGGAUGCGCCGCGCAGCUACCACCCGUCGGCAGAGGUCGGCGGGCUGCAUGGUGAGAGGAAUCUUACCGACAUGGCCCAUCGGUACUCGGGCACGUCUAUUGCGUCGCGCGAGAGGCGCCAACACAGCGCCGGGAGCGAGAGCAUCAACAUCUUCGCCGACGCCUUGACUGUGGGUGGCGGUUCGGCCGCUCGCCCGUUAACGACGUGGACAGAUAUCCAGUCGCAUGCCGAACGGGUACCGGACUCGCCUGUACGGCGGAGAUGA